UGUCUUGAGCUGUGGCGCAGGUGAAUAUCUGGUCGAAGAGCCGGACUGACCUGCCGAACCGAACCGAACCGCUGCCUCUGUCCUCAGCCUGUUUCCGUCGCAGUGAAUUCGUACAGAUUCCUUCAACCUCCAUCUUCCGUUUCUGACCYGGAUCUUCAACAGCAGGGUGUUAGCUGUAGUGGCUAAGCUCACCUGGAGCUGCGUCGGACAGACCAUAAUACCCUGUGCUCAGAGUUGGAGCCGUUACCAUGGUAACAAGCGCCUGUGUGCCUGGCCGAGCGGAGCCUCCAUUGACUUGAACAAUGAUGACGUCAUUUUAACUCAGAAUCCCACUAAAAUAAUAAGACUUCUUGGGAUCAAGCUGCACAUUGUGACGUCACCGUUGUCGGGGUGACGGUGUGGGUUAGGGCUGCAUCACGGAUGACGUCAGAAGAAUAAAUAAUGAAGAAACACCUUAUUGGCUGUAGAACAUGGGUUCCUGCCCCAAUUACCACAGUAAAGUGUUUCUGGUUAUUUCAGAUUACAUAACUCAACGUCUUUAGUGUUUUCCGUGACGUGAUGUCCGGCUGUGGAACCGGAAGUGCCGGAGCUGCGGGCGGCCAGCAGGGGGAACCAGAGAGCAGGAAGCGCCGAGGCUCCCAGGCUGCCAGCUGUUCUGGUUCUGGUUUGAUGACGAACCGAACGCGCUGAUUCGGAACCAGCUCCAAACAGAACCACUCUCUGAUGGACGCUGAGAGCGGAGCGGUUCUGCCUGGAACCGGGCCAGUGGGUCGCCGGCCCGGUUCGACCCGCUUCAGAGAGCCCCUGCAGGGCUGGGUGGUGGACCCCAGCUGUGUGAGUGGAUAUAUUGGUGAACAGGUGACCUUGGAUGACAGCGAAUCGGAGGACGUUCUGCAGGCUGUCGACCCCAACGAAGUGUUCGGAACCGGUACCGGUACCGCCGACACGUCGUCCGAGAGUGACGUCUCGGAGGAGACCCCCGUUGCAAUGGUGACAGCAGUAACCACGGCGACCAGCCAGCCAGCCCCAACAGCAGUCUACCAGGUGGUCUAUGACAUCAGCUCUGUGGGCGGAGCCAAACCUGAACCCGGUCAGGAGAACGUCAUCUCCAUCGAGCUGGAUGAAUGGAGUUCCCAGCUGCUGUUUUCGGACUCCUGCAUCUUCAGCGACUUGCACGCCGUCUCGUCUUCAUCAUCAUCAUCCUCUCCAUGUGACGGCGGCCGGAGCUCCGCCCCUCUUUCAGGUAGAGACCAGGCGCCGCUGUUCCCUGACCUGCGGCUGACGGAGGAGGAGCAGAAGCUGCUGACAGAGGAGGGCGUGUCCCUGCCCAGCAACCUCCCACUCACUAAGGCUGAAGAGCGGAUCCUGAAGAAAGUCCGCAGGAAGAUCCGGAACAAGCAGUCGGCUCAGGACAGCCGCAAGAGGAGGAAGGAGUACAUCCACGGCCUGGAGAGCAGGGCAGCGGCGUGUUCGGCUCAGAACCAGGAGCUGCAGCGAACCGUGGAGCAGCUGGAGAAACACAACGUGUCCCUCCUGGCUCAGCUGCAGCAGCUCCGCUCCCUCAUCAAGCAGACGGCCAGUAAAGGAGCGCAGACCAGCACCUGCUUACUGAUCCUGCUAGUGUCCCUCAGCCUGAUCGUCCUCCCGAACUUCAGCCCGUUCAGCCGCCGCCCGUCAGCCGACGACGACUACAGAACCGCCGCAGUUGUGUCCAGAAACAUCCUGACGGAUCCAAACUUCUCCAACCCGGCUGACUACGGCGCCGGUUCUGCUGCACGUUCGGACUCAUCGGUGCCUCCUGAGCUCAGCCAAUCAGGACCUGCAGAGGGRGCAGCGGCACUGCCGGAGCCAAUAGGAACCCUGGAGAGCUUAGACACCAGCCAAUCACAGAACGRGACGGCUGCUGUUGCCGGGCAGACUGGACGUGAGGCGGGRAAAACCGGACACGCUGAUGAGAUGUAACCAGAACCUCCAGCAGGGGCCGCCAGACUGACGCUGAGCAGCUGGAGGWCUGGUUCUGUUGGAUCAGAACCAGAACACUGARGUUCUGGAGUGCUACCAUGACCGGAAUCGGGUUUUAAAGUGGAUCCAGCAACCAGACAAGACUUAACCGAGACUGUUGGACCAGACCUGGGACCGGAACCGACCCGUUUUAUGUUCAUCUUGUGGAGAAACGCUGACCUGAGAUGCUUCCGGGUUGGUCUGUGGGUUCUUGUUCAGUAAAUCACGUGAUGCUGCAAACA